GCGACAUUCUCCCUGCCUUUCUGCAGGUCCCAUGGGAUCACACAGUUUUUCUGUGACAUCCCGUCGGUAAUAAAACCCUCGUGCUCUAAAACGUAUACUGCCUUCAAGGUGGCUGUAGCCACUGGUGCCUGUUUCAGUGUCUUCUGCUUCGUGUCCAUCAUCGUCUCGUACGUGCACAUCUUCCGGGCUGUGCUGAGGACGCCAGCCUCUGAGGGCCGGGCCAAAGCCUUCUCCACCUGCCUGCCACAUAUCGUCGUCGUCACCGUUUUUUUCUCCACAGCCGCCUUCGCUCACUUAAAACCGACUUCCAGCUCGUCCUUUCAGCUGGACCUGCUAGUAUCCGUGUUCUACACCGCGGUGCCCCCCAUCUUCAAGGCAUGA